GCGGAGCAUAUACACUCGCAUAUGCGCAAUCCUUCGCAGCCGACGUUCCUCUCCAGGGCUCUCAAGUCAGACAACAGCAGCGGCGCUCUCUCGUUGCCCUUUCGUCUCAGUGUCCAGAAGUCGCAUGACAGUACGCAACGGAAUCUACCUUACCUACGCCAUAGUUGGACGAGGAUAGAUUUCGUUGCUGUGCUCAGCUUCUGGAUAUGCUUCGGUCUGGCCGCCGCUGGUGUCGAACAUGGCUCGUAUCAUAUUGGUAUCUUUCGGGCUUUAAGCGUGCUUCGGACGACUCGACUGCUCGCCAUUACCUCUGGUACAACUACCAUUAUGCGUUCCUUGAAGACGGCACGUCCGUUACUCGCCAGUGUAGCUUACUUUGUACUUUUUGCCAUGGUCAUGUUCUCUAUCAUCGGUAUUCAAUCGUUCGAGGGGUCCUUUCGGCGGUCGUGUCAUCUUCUACCGACUGGCGGUGAAGACAACAUUGACCUCGGCCAACAAUGCGGCGCAUAUAUCGACCCCAACACGUUGGACGUUGUGCCCUAUAUUUCCCUCGAGAACACAACUCACACUAAUGUCAAGGGUUUUGUGUGUCCCCUUGGACAAGUCUGCAUGGAAAACCCUGGAAAUCCGGAGACCGGUGUGGAGAGCUUCGACACAAUCUAUUACUCAGCAUUACAAGUGUUCAUUGUAUCUUCCUCUAAUGGCUGGUCGCCAUUGAUGUACGCCAUGAUGGACUCCGAGUUCUUCAUCUCCUGCUUCUUCUUCAUUGUGUGUAUUAUCGUGCUGAAUUUCUGGCUCAUCAACCUGUUUGUCGCCGUCAUUACGAACACUUUCUCUGCGAUCCGGAAAGACACGCAUAAGAGCGCAUUCGGCGCCGCUCCUCUCGCACCUGCACUUCGCGAUGAUCAAGGAUGGUCGAUUGUUGACGGCCGGCGCGUGGCUAAACGUAGUCGAUUGAAGGAAAUAUACGAGAGCAUUCGUUGGUGCUGGGUAGCGCUCGCGCUGGCGUCGCUGGUCCUCCAGGCAACACGUAACGUAGAUGCGGGUCCAACGCACAAGGAGAUCCUGGACAAGGGCGAACUUGCCUUGACGCUCGUUUUUGACCUUGAGAUUCUCAUUCGCUUUGCUGCAUAUCUCCCCAGCUAUCGUGGCUUCUUCGCGCGUGGGCAGAAUUGGCUGGACCUUAUCCUGGCCAUCGGCUCUUCCAUCAUUCAAAUCCCUGCUAUCCACAACUCAUCGGUCUAUCCCUGGCUGACCAUAUUCCAAUUGGCGAGGUUCUAUCGCGUCAUCUUGGAAAUUCCGCGCAUGAAGCCUCUCUUGCUCGCGGUCUUUGGAAAUAUGUAUGGUCUGGCCAAUAUGUCUCUGUUCUUGCUCAUGAUCAACUACAUCACUGCACUCGUCGGCAUUCAGCUUCUCCGCGGUGACAUCCAGCAGGACGGUAGCAGAUUCAUCGAUUGGGGGGAAGUCUUCAACUCAUUUUUGGGUGUAUACCAGAUCUUCUCGUCCGAGAACUGGACUAACGUGCUGUAUGACGCCGCGACGGCGGAAGUACCCUUACGAGAGUCAGCCGUAGUUGUACUCUUUAUCUGCGGAUGGUUCUUCUUCGCGAACUAUAUUGUCCUCCAGAUGUUCAUUGCCGUCAUCAACGAAAACUUCGACGUCGCCGAAGAACAGAAGCGUAGCCAGCAAGCGUCUCAUUUCUGGGCCGCACAACGCCCUCAGAAGGCUCGUGCUCCGUGGAUCCGUCGAAUGAACCCGUAUCGAUGGUUCAAAGCGAAGCCAAAGGCCAUUGCAGUAGAUCAGCUACCUUCCAAUCUGGUCCUUCCUAUGCAGAAGAGCUUAGUACAGGACUACGGCCUGCCGUUCAGGGACCGUCGAAGUGGUGUUCAGAACGGUGCAGGCAGAUCUGGUGGGCCUAAGCAUGUAUCGAAGAGAUCACUCAAUAUCCUCCAGAAUUUGUUCUCUGGCGAAAAGACCGAUGAUGUUCCGCUGACUACCCUGCGAAGCAACCGCCGAGACUCUGCUGUUCCUCACGACGGAAUUGAUGAAGAGACGGAGAGGCACUUAGAAGUUCUUGCUGCGCUGAACAACGAGACUGCCACCGUGGACGACGUCAACGAUAUCUUGUACGAACGCCGAGCUCAGAAGGCCGACUUCAUUCGAGACCACCCCACGUACGACAAGACCUUCUGGAUAUUCUCACAGAAAAAUCCACUCCGACAGGCGUGCCAAAAGCUAGUUUCUCCGGCCAACGGCGAGCGAAUCUUCGGGGCGCCACCUUCUCUUAUCGCGCACCCGAUAUUCCAAUUGGUGCUCCUCCUGACCGUAGUUGCUGGCAUAGUUAUAGAGUGGAUCGCGACUCCGCCUUAUCGCAGGCAGUGGUACCAGGAACAUGGAUUCAUCCGCGGCUCGUGGUUCGAUAUAGCGGAGGCUGCCUUCGGUCUUUCUCUGUUUGUCGAGUUUCUCAUCAAGAUCAUCGCCGAUGGUUUUCUCUUCACACCAAAUGCCUACGUACGCAGUAUCUGGAACAUCCUGGACUUCCUGAUCAUGGUGGGGUUGGUCAUCAAUGUCACUACGGGACUCAUCUUCAUCGGUGGCCUCAGUCGGCUAACACGUUCGCUGAAAGCCCUUCGGGCUCUACGACUCAUCACACUCAUCGACAAGAUGCGUUCGACAUUCGAAUCCUUGAUCAUCUUCGGAGCCACCCGUAUCUUCGAUGCCGCGCUACUGGCGAUCCUCUACAUGAUUCCGUACGCUGUCUGGGGCACGAAUAUCUUUGCCGGUCUCAUGAACGAAUGUAACGACGGAAACGCGACCAACAUAACCAACUGCAUCAACGAGUACAGCAAUGGCGUCCUCCAGAAUGACCCAAAUGCGUUUAACUUCUUGGUACCUCGUGUUUGGGACAACCCUCAUCCUUCGACGAAGUUUUCGUUCGAUUCGUUCAAAGCUUCGUUGCUUAUUCUCUUUGAGAUUGUAUCCUUAGAAGGAUGGAUUGACGUCAUGUCAGUCGCCGUCAGUAUCACAGGAGUUGAUCAGCAACCUCAGCAGAACGUAUCUCAGGCCAACGCGAUCUUCUUCCUCAUCUACAAUCUCUUGGGCGGUGUCGUCAUUCUCACACUCUUUGUUAGUAUUAUCAUCGGCAAUUUUACAUCGAGGACAGGUAGCGCGUUCUUGACGCAGCCCCAACGAGAAUGGAUAGAUCUCCAGAAGCUCAUCAAGCGACAACGUCCCUCGAAACGUCCCAAGACGCGACCUACCUGGCCCAUCCGAGCAUGGUGCCACGACCGUGCUGUUCACAAGCAUGGUUGGUGGCACAGAAUGAUGACAGCGCUAUUCGUUUUGCAUGUCAUCGCGUUGAUGACUCAGACCUUUGCUUCUCAGCAUGCGUUCGAUGACCUACGCACCGACUUCUUUCUUUGUGUAACUAUCAUCUACCUGAUCGACAUCACCGUUCGGUUAUACGGUCUGGGUUGGAGCAGCUAUAGCGCAAACGGAUGGAAUCUGUUCGACAUCAUUGUUGCCGGUGGCAGCCUCAUCACCAUCAUCAUCGUGCGGUUCAACGCUGGUGGCUUCGCAGUCCAGCAGCUGCAGAAAUUGUUUGUUACUUCUAUCGCGCUCAAACUCGUACAGCGGACCAACAGUUUAAACAAACUGUUCAAAACCGCGGUUGCAAGCUUACCGGUCAUACUCAGCCUUUUGAGUCUCUGGCUAGUUCUGUUUUUAUUCUUUGCUAUCCUCUAUGUCGAGGUAUUCAGCUUGACGAAAUGGAGCACGGGGGAGACCCGUAACCAGAACUAUUCGUCGAUGUCGAAAGCGCUGUUGAUGCUUGCCUUUAUGACAACUGGCGAAGGAUGGAAUCAGUACAUGCACGAUUAUGCUCUCGUGUACCCUUACUGUACCAACGCGUCGUCUGCCAACGGGGAUUCCGAUUGCGGAAGUACUGGUUGGGCUUUCACCUUAUUCAUCGCUUGGAAUCUUCUCAGCAUGUAUAUCUUCGCGAACUUGUUCACUGGUGUUGUCGUUGAGAGCUUCAACUACGUCUUCCAAAUGACUGGCGGUUCCAAAGAGAUUACUCGGGAAGAGAUGCGCGCUUUCAAGAAGGUGUGGGCCGAAUUUGCGAAUCCCAAGACUGGAUACUUGGGGCGCAACAAAUUCGUGCCUUUCUUCUCGAAACUGUCUGGAAUAUUCGAGGUCAAGAUAUAUCCGACGGAAUGGAGUCUGCAGAACAUCAUGGCUAGGUCAAAGGCGGAAGAAGAGUGCUCGACAUAUCCCGUAAACAUCCGCAAGCUGCAGCUCAACAUCAACAACAUAGACCGCCAGAUGAUCAAGCGGAGAAAAAACGUGUGGAACCGACUGUACCACGAAGCUCGCAUCUCUUACGAACCCGGCAAAGGAAUUUCCUUCACGAACAUGCUAAUAUUGCUCGCCCACCACAAACUCAUUGUCGACCAAGAGGCCUUAGUGUUGCAUGACCUCGUCAUCCGAAAUGAGACGAACAAGCUAGUCACAGAUUUGGUAGAUUUUGAUCGUGUGCAGUCCCUGCUUCUCAUGAUAUCCCACCGCCGGCGGUACCUCGCCCUGAAGGAGCAGAUGCGGAUGGAAAAGCUUGUCCAACAUGGGCUACCCAACAUCGUCGUCGACGCCGGUGAACCGGUCACUCCUCCGUCAAUCACACGGGAUAUCACUUCUCCUGGCCAGUACACGUCUCGUUACAUGGAUCCUGAGACUCCGUCACCAAGCUACCGAGGACAUUCGCCAGAACUCUCGCUUUCGUUCGAAACGCCUUCGCACAGUACACUGCAGAGAAGUCGUCGCGUUAGCGAUAUUAGCAUGCUAUCUAUCGGCGAUACAGGCAUGCGUGGCUCGUUCGAUUCGUCUUCAAGGGAGUCGCGUGUUGUCGAAGAGGACGCUGGUAACGUCUUGUCAUCAAUGCAAAAUUCUAUGUGGGGAGAGCUACUACUUGAAGCCGCAGAAGAGGAGUCAUGACACUAGCCCGCCGUUCAUUCAUUUCUUUCUAUGCUUCCAUGGGACUCUGCAAGGAUAACAUACUAUUCACCAUCUGUAGAACUGCAUCGUUGCAUUAGUACUUAGAGUGUUUACAUACGAGUUAAUUGGCAUGUAUAACCAGC